CUCCCCCUUCUCCUCCCCGCCGCGGAGGGACGGGGCGCUCCGCAACGGCACGGUGGUGCCGCACCGCUACAUGGUGACCCUCUACCAGCGCCUGGCCGCCCGACGAGGCGCUGCCGCCCGCCCCGUCGGCACCGUCACCGGCUUCGUGGAGCGGCUGCGGGGCGAUGCCUCCCCGUCCGCCCCCGAGCAGCGCUACCUCUUUGACAUCUCCAGCCUGCCCGAGGCAGAGGAGGUGACGGGCGCAGAGCUGCGGGUCCUACGCUCCCUCCCUGCAAACCGCAGCCUGGCCCUGUCCCCCGAAGGCACCUUCCACCACCUGCUCCUCUCCGCCUGCUCCGGUCGGGCCGGCGAAGAGCCCAGGCUGCUGGACUCCAGAGCAGCCGAUGUUCUGGAUGCAGGCUCCAGAUGGGAGGUGUUUGACGUCUGGGAAGCGCUUCGAGACCGCAGGGAGAGGCCCCCAAAGGGCAAACUGCUGUGCUUCGUGCUGAGGGUGGUGUCGGAUCGCUCGGGCCGCCUCCUGCCCCCUCGGCAGCUGGGAUUCGGCAAACCCCAUCCGCAGCCCCUCGAGCGAGCGCUGCUCGUGGCCUUCUCCCGCACCCAGAGGAAGGAGAACCUCUUCAAGGAGAUCCGGGAGAGGAUGAAGGUGCUGGGCGGCCCUCCCUUGCUGGAGCCUCCUGAUCCCGGCCGGGAGGCGUACCCCAAACGGAGGAAGAGGAGGACCACCAUCGCUGCCCGCUCCGGGGGUAAAGGCCAUGGGAAGAAGGCGAAGACGCGCUGCAGCAGGAAGCCCCUACACGUCAACUUCAAGGAGCUGGGCUGGGACGACUGGAUCAUCGCCCCGUUGGAUUACGAGGCGUAUCACUGCGAGGGGGUCUGCGACUUCCCCCUGCGCUCCCACCUGGAGCCCACCAACCACGCCAUCAUCCAGACCCUGAUGAACUCCAUGGAUCCGGAAUCCACCCCCCCCAGCUGCUGCGUGCCCUCCAAGCUCAGCCCCAUCAGCAUCCUCUACAUAGACUCCGGGAACAACGUGGUGUACAAACAGUACGAGGACAUGGUGGUGGAGACGUGCGGCUGCAGGUAGCAAUUUCUGCGGCUCUUCCCCACCCCACCAUGCCCCAUUUUAUAUAUAAAUAUAUAUAUAAUAUAUAUAUACGUACACAUUUUGGUGUGUGCCUUUCCAAGAGCCCCCUGUCCCCAUGGGCUGCCCCGAAGGGAUGGGGAAACCCUCUCUGUUCCUUUCUCAAAGUUUUGGGGCUUUCUGCAUCGCCCUCGGGUUGGGGCGGUGGGAGCUUUUCUUUCUGCAUGUAAGGACACCUCUUCAGAGCAUCUGGGGAGAAGCAGAGUCCUGAGCUCCCCAGGGAUGAGCUGCUUUGCUUGGGUUCUUAUUUUUCCAAGUAAUUGCUAUAAAAAGGCCGGGCUCCAAUCCACCUCCCUUUGGCAGCAGCUCCGUUCCUCCCUGCCUGCCCUAAGGGAGCCCGCAUCCUCUGGGCAGAGACAUUUAACUUGCAAAGAGCAGAGCUGAGAGGGCUGCAAAUUGAUAGGAGAUGGGCUUAAAUUGUGCCUUGAACCCCAAGAAGCCUGGUAUCAAUUGUGGGAUGCUGCCAGGUGGCUUUCUUUACUGAGCUGCAGCUUUGUGGCUCUGCUUAGGUCAGGGAUGGGAUAGCUUUGGGUUUGAUGAUUUGGUUUUUGUUGGUGUCCAAGUUGUUGCCUUUUAAAUAUCAGUACUCAGCUAUGGAAGUUUGCUUUUGGGGAGAUCAAUCCCUGCUGGAAAAUGUUUAUUUUUUUUCUAUAAAGCUCCUCAUCCUCAGAGAUGUCUGAACAAAGGGCAGGCAGCCUCCCAGCCCCAGACCACUUCCUUGGGCAGAAGAGAGCACCCUGCUCUCACCCAAGCAGCCCCCGCUGAGACAAUAAGACAUCAGCGGGGCUCCCAUCCUGUGUAUCACUGCAGAGAGGUACCCUGUGGGACAAUCCCAGUGUCUCUCCGUCCUCAUCCCCAGGACUCCAGCAAACUUUAUCCAACAUCCCUAACAGCUCUUGUCCCACACCCUUAGCACAAGCAUCAAUCAGAGUGGGGGGAUGCUGGCCCUGCACUGUUCCCAAGCCCAUCAAGCUUCCACAUACCUGGCUCUUCAAUCAGUGAUGGUCUCCAGGUAGCUUUCCUCACUGCUGAAACAUGUUUUCCUUUUUUUUUUUCUCCUUUCCUCCAAAUAUUUGCUGUAGAGGUUUGUGGGCAGUUCAGUAGUUAUAUAUACAUACAGUUCCUGACAGCCCCACAAGUGGCCCCAGGCCCCUUCUUGCAGGACACAGAACCAUGUCCACAUUUGUGCUCCAGAGAGCAAAAUUCUGGCUCGGUCACUGCAGGUUUGCAGCCUGGAUCAACUGCAGUAAGGGAAAAUGGGGAGGUCUGGGGAGAGCACCAGAGGCUGCUGCUGGCGGCAGUGCUGUCUGUGGAUUUGCCCAUUUGGGAAUUAAUUGCCACUCUCCCCAUUGGGCACCUCUGUUUUUUGGCAGAGAGCUCUUCUUUGGGCAGCCUGAUGUGGGUGGCAGUCCUGCCCAUGGCAGGAAGUUGGAAAUAAAUGAUCUGAAGUCCCCCUCCAACCUAUGCCUUUCUAUGACUCUAUGAUAGGUGAGGUUGGCUCCUGCCAGGAUAUGCUCUCUGGGGUAUCACUGCCAGGACCUGUAAAGGCAUUGAAACCACCCUGUGAAGAGGUAUUCCUGAUCCAUCUCCUCUUGCUUGAGCUGAUUGCUGAGCAGUAUAAACAGGAGACGAGAGGCUGAAAGCAGACAAAGGUAGAUUCAGUGGACUCGGAACGAUUUGAAUGAAUAAUUGCAGGUUCCCAAUCUGCUGUAUUUAUACAGCCUUUCCAGGAAAAAAGAGAUGGGAAAAAAAAAAAAAAAAGAAAGAAAA